AGACAGAAAGGGAACUGACACAGCUAGUCCAUCCGACAAGACAGAUUUUGAGCUUCCUCAGCCAAUAGUGGUCUCCUUAUACUUCUGAGGUGAAAGUUUAACUUGGUAUCCUUUCAUUACACUAAAUGGAUAUUUGUAAAUUUCAGCUGGUAAUAGUUAGCCUGUACGCACUGGUGUACACAUAUCAAGGAUUGUCAUUUAGUGUUGACAAGGAACACUGGGUAUCAAAAGACUGGCAGGAUGAGCCACUGGAGGAAACAUUAGCCAGUCAAGUGGCUAGUCUGAUAAAGAGGUCCAAAGCCCAUAGGUUCUACGGGCUCAUGGGCAAGCGCUCAGGAAAUAAGGGGGAGAUGUUUGUUGGACUUAUGGGAAGAAGAGGAUUACGUGGAGAAUCGUUCACGAGAAUCCUUCCAGAUGCUACCAGCACGGGCGUGGAUGUUGCAGAGGGGUCACCCACACAGCCCGAUUCACAAGAAGAAUGGGACAAACUCCAGUAUCAGUAAAGCUAGAAAAAAAGAUGGAUUAAUGUUUACAAGAUCUACACAAUAUUUAUAUCCACGCAAAAAGGACUACCAUAGAAAACAAAGCAACAUACUUUAAGAAAAAAUGCUGUCUUUAACGUAUCAAAGUUCAUGCCAGUGAUUAUUAUACAGUAUAUUCUAUCCCAAAAAGGUUUGUCUCUGUAAAGAACUGCAACUGUGUUCAAUAGAAUAAAUGGCCAAAAAUGCUGCAGCUA